UAUGCAACACGGAAAUAGUGUUAUGAGCUUUAGCCAGCUGUAGCACAGAGGAUCACAGUGGCUUUAAAAUGUUUUACAGCGCUCUGUUGAUCUCUGCAAGACACGAGAUGCACGUCUUCUGACAUGGACCCACGCUGAGGAUCCGUUGCCAUCGAUUUAGCAAGUAUUUCUUUGCUGGAAAGGGGAAUCACUUGAAUGAACUAGAUGAAUCAGUGGAUGUUGACUGGGACAAUGAAAGUACAUUUACUGCAGUUGUUUAGAGUAUACAUCCAGUAAUCGGCAAGAAAUUACACUUUAAAAUGUGAACAAAACAGUAAUGUGAUUUAGGUGUUAUUACAUAGUCAUUGCAUUCAGUUGAUUUUGAUUAUAAAGGCUAGCUGCAUCCCUCAAAGAUGGAUGAAGUGAUUAUGGAUCAGAUCAUGUAUGCUGCUCAUCAAGCAGUGUCUUGGAUCGCAUCUCUUGCCAUCAUAUUUGGAGGGGUUGUGCCAUACAUCCCUCAGUACAGGGACAUCCGUAGGACCCAGAAUGCAGAGGGAUUCUCCACAUAUGUGUGCCUGGUGCUGCUGGUAGCCAACAUACUGAGAAUACUGUUCAGGUUUGGACAUUUCUUUGAGACUCCGCUGCUUUGGCAGAGUGUAAUCAUGAUCAUCACGAUGUUAAUCAUGCUGAACCUGUGCACCAGCGUCCGCAUGGCCACUGAACUCAACACCAAACGCCGCUCCUUCACAGCAACAGACAGUAAGGAUGAAGAAAUCAAAGUUCCUAAGAGGCUCUUUCUGGACUUUGAUUGGAACUACUUCUGGUCUUGGAGUGGUUUUGUGGAUUACCUGCAGUGUGUGCUGGCGUUCACUGUAAUGGCCGCCUAUGUGACGUAUCUGCUACUGGACUCAGUUCUGUUUGUAGAGAGCCUGGGUUUUCUGGCCGUAUUUACAGAGGCCAUGCUGGGAACUCCACAGCUCUACUGCAACUACCAGAACAAAUCUACUGAAGGCAUGAGUAUUAAGAUGGUGUUGAUGUGGACCAGUGGAGACACUUUCAAGACCGGCUACUUCCUGUUGACUCAGGCUCCGGUGCAGUUCUGGAUCUGCGGCCUGCUUCAGGUGUGCGUGGACUUGGCCAUUCUCUUCCAAGUGUACUACUUCAGCCGCUACCCACAGAAACCCGUCUCACACACCACACACACCACCAGCGCCAAGGCCCUAUGAAACACCCUUGCUUCACAGAAUCUGCUCAAAUCUAUUGCAGUGCAUACAUACAGCAUCUUUAUACAGUGUCCCCAAAACGUAUUUGGAUAAGUGAUACACUUAAGCCACAUCUAAAUAUGCCUGAAUGUCAUUGUAUUAGAUACACAACAUCAAACUAUGAUGUUAGGUCUUUUAUUACAAUUAACUUCACUUUUUUGUUAUUUUUCUUGAAAUUAAUGCCAUGUUUUUUUUUGUUGUUGUUGUUUUGUUGUUGUUUUUUCAUGUAAUGAAAUGACAUGCAUACAUUAAGUGUUGCUUAAAGGAAUCGUUAACCCAAAAAUGUAAAUUUCCUGAAAAAAUUUACUCGCCCUCAAACCAUCCAAGAUGUAGAUGAGUUUGUUUCUUCAUCAGAUUUGGAGAAAAAUUUAGCAUUACAUCACUUGCUUAACAAUGGAUCCUCUGCAGUGAAUGGGUGCCGUCAGAAUGCGUCACCCAUGAUGAUUUUUCUUACAAACAGUUCUUUGCUUCGCAAGACAUUAAUUGAUGGACUGGAGUGGUGUGGAUUACUUGUAGAUUAUUGUGAUGUUUUUAUCAGCUGUUUGGACUCUCAUUCUGACGGCACCCAUUCACUGCAGAGCAUCCUUUGCUGCGCAAGUGAUGUAAUGCUACAUUUCUCCAAAUAUGUUCUGAUGAACAAACAAACUCAUUUUUCAUUGUUAGGUGAACUAUUUCAUGAAGUUUUCUGAUUUUUGGUGCCACUGUAUAAAUAUACAUUGAACCAAACUUUACAUGCAAUAUCAUAAAGAUAUGCAGAUAUAUUUACACAUUUACAUGCACACACAAACCAGCCCAAGGUAAUCACCAUGCUUUUGAAAACUUUUGCCUUACAGACUUUUAGAAUGAACUGAAAUGUAUCUGACGUCAGAUGGAUGAAUGUACAAAGCUUUUGUUAUAA